AGGACGCAACACAUCUCAGGACAUUUGGUCCUCUGCUCUAGCCACACCAACGCGGACUGUCAUAGGCAGGAUUAACUCGAGCAGGGCUCAAAGCUUGAACACAUGCAGCACACCAUCUUUGUUACGACGGCAGCCGCGCUGCUGGUGAUGAUGGCUCUGGGUGAUGCAACGGGCGGCGCCCGCUACAACGAUUGCUCCAGCAUCUGCCACCGCACGGGCAUCAUUGGGCGCUUCGCUGGGUGCCGCUGCUCCCUCACGCUCUUCACCAAGCGGGCCAUGGGUGAAGUAGCAGCAGCUUCAGGCAAUGCAACUCCAGACGGUGAGAAUGACCCGGCUGGAUUUGUCGAGCUUGACUUGGACCUUGAGCGUGACCACCACCCCACUCCUGACGAACCCCUGCAGGGUCCUCGCUCCUCCGGGCCUUGGUUGUCCCCCGAAGCGGACAACACGCCUCUUAUCCUGCCGUACCCCGACUACGACAUUGCACCGGCUGAGAAUGAGUUCUUUGGUAGCAGGUUUUUGAAGGAAAACAAAGACGCGGUUGGUCGGUUCGUGAGAGAUCGAGGAAACUUCCAGCUUAAGAAACGAUUUGCUGCACGGCUAUCGAAACGCAGUGAUCCCUCGGUGAAUCGAAACUUUGGGAUCAGUAGACAUUAACUCUUGUCAAGUUUCGUGAUGCGCUGUGCCACAGUUAUUCCUAUAUUGUGUAGCGAAGAUGUGAUAAUUUUGGGAAUUCUUUUAUACAGGAGCGGUACCGUCAUUAUUGAAAAUUAUUGAUUUUCUUGUAGACAAAAAGACUAAAAUUUCAACUAGUACAACGAGAGAAAUUGUAUGGAUAUAAUGACGGCUUGAUUUGCCAUUGUAUGCCGAAACUGGAGGCAAGUAUUGGAUUGCUAAAUUUACAUUCUAACACGUAUGAAUGGGUAAAUUGGGUUAACAUAUCAUUUAAAUUUGAAGCAAACCCACUACACGCUCUUUGCAAUUUUGUGUCGAUAAUUCUUGAGGAUUAUGUUAAUUAACCCAUUAAUGCCGAGACAUUGUGAAAUUUGAUAAUUACAAUCGACUAAAAUUUGUUCCUGGCCUUUCCAUUUAACAUGAACGGCGUAUUGCAGAGCUGUAUAAAAAUUUUGUGUCAGUAUUUAUUUUACAGAGCGACCCAUGCAA